UACGUGUAAAAUGGCCACUAAAGCGUCACACGAACUUCAUCAUAACUUUCCUAAGUUGGCAGAGGAAUCUGGUUUCACAUUUAAUAACAUUCGACCCCGUAUGCACAUUGAUUGGAAUAAAAUUAGAUUAAUUGAUAUAGAAUAUUUAAUAAAGGAGAGAAAAUUUUGUCUAAUCGAACAACAUAUGAGUGACAUACUGAACUGCGCAUUGGAAUCUGAAUUCGAUGUUCGUAUCCUCAAUGAAAGCGUACUGAAAAUGUUCCGGCUGGCCCAAUUAGCGGUUGAGUAUCAGCAAUUUUGCCGACACUAUCUCGACCGAAGCGUUUAUGUUCUACGAGAGGAAAUAUCUUCAGUUAUACAGGAGCUUGAUGUAACAAAAAAAGAUCUAAGAGAAAAAGACGAGGAAAUAAGAAAAUUAAAAAGAAAAACGAAACAUACCUAUAGGACGCCGCUUCCCUAUGGAAAUGACAAUAUAGCUAAUAUGAUCCUAAAAACUCUUACAAACAGAAACGAUGUGCUUGCAUCGACUUCUAACGUUGACACCAUGCAAUACAAUAAGUGUGGUUAUUGCGAAAAAGUAUUUCUAAACCAACUUUAUUUAAAAAGCCAUCUAUCCAGGCGGCAUCCAAAUUUAAUAGAUACGCCUGAAAACAAUAAAGCAGGCAACAUUCAAACUACUAUUAAUAACAACGAAAAUACUAAAUUAAGCCAAGAAUUGAUGGAACUUAAAGCUAAAUUAAAGGAAAUGGAAGAUAUUGUUAAAAGUAGUGUCUCGCAUGAAAAUAAAGAAGAGAGCAAAACUACAGAAAUUAAAAAUAAUAAUGACAAAGUUGAAUUGGACAAAAGUGUUUCAAAAAUAAUGAAAGACGCAGAAGUAUCGACCAAUAAUGAAGAUUAUUUGCUAGAUAAAAUAGAAGAAUGGAAAAAAGAAGAACACGAGAAGUAUAAUAAAGAAUUAACACUUUUACGAACUCAAAUUCUAGAAACGAUUACUUCCCUUAAAGAAAAUGAUAGUAAAACAGUUGUACACAGUGAUUCUAGUAUUGUAGAUCAACUACACACCACUAUACGUCAACAAGGUGUUGAAAUCUUAGCUUUAAAACAAGAAUUAAAUGAUUCGAAAUUAAAAGCCGCAAAUGAUUAUUCUCAAAGACUUAAAGAAACGGAAGAACAAGUGAGAUUUUGGGGGAAACGAUCAGAAGAGCAAACUAAACAAUAUGAGUUAUUACUUAAAAAACUAAACGACGUAGCUAAGGAAGCUGAAGAAUCACGCAAUCAGGCAGAACAAGAAAAGGAGAAAGUCGCACAAUUACAAGAAAUUUUAGAGAAUCAAUUACGAAAUAAUGAAAUUACUGAUGACGAACAGAAUUCAAGUGAUAUUGAGGAACAGCCUAAGCAUAACAAUAGAGAUAGUAAUUAUAAAGGAAAUUUAACUAAUGCAUUAGACAAUAUGAGAAAUUCUGUACGAAAAUCUACACCAGUGGCUGAUCGAAAUACGCUAGAAAAACUUCAUUUAAAAGCCAAAGAACUUCUUAGUAUUGCCUCAAUUAGUUCCUCUGAUGUAUCAGCUCCUGAAAUAGCUAAGCCUAUUGUACAAACACAAAAAGUAAUGGACAAAAAACAACGACAGCAAAAGCGUAGAAAAGUUAAGAAUGACUCUAGUAAACAGUAUAUAGACAAAAUAGAGAAGGCUCCAAAAUCAAACAAUAAUCAAAUCCACAGUAUGAAAAAUGGCCCAAAAGAAUCAUUGAAGUUAAAAGAAUUAAAUUCAAGAAAUGAUAAGUUAAAAUCUAGUCCAAUUGUAACAAAUGGUCCUAUUGUUGCUCCAAGAAGUCCAUUAAAAUUAGUGCGUUCAAAAAUAACAGAGGAAGUAAACAAUAGGUUAGUAACAGCAGGAAUGGAUCCUCUCAAGAACAGAUUACCCAAGACUUUAUUCCAAAAACAGAGACUCCAUUUACAACAGCAACAUGAAUUAAAAACUAAGAAAAACCCAAACCAUGACAAUGUAAGACAUACUAUUUUAGCAUAUUUAGACUCAACAGUAAUAAAAAAAGAUAAUCCCGCUCCUCAGGAGUACGUUUCUCCGGAUAAAGUAUCGAAAUUCAUUAGUUUAACAUCUGUAUUAUCCAAUGUAAAAAGUAAAGCUUUAUCAUUAGUGAAAUCAAAUGACAAUCACGUUAAACGCAAAUCAUUGAACGCAGAUAUGGCCAAAAGAGCAAUGUCUUUAUUGAAAACGCCUCCUGGAUCAUUACAUUCCAGUCCUAUAAUUAAACAACAUAGUCCAGUAAAAGAAAUUUCCGAGAAAGGAAGAGAAUUUAACCACCAUCCAAAUCAUAGGAAUAAAAAUAAUAUUGACUCUACGUUAUCUAAAAAUAAAAUAAAGAAACGACAGUUGGUUUCUAAUCCUGCAUUAGACACGUCAAACAGCGAUUCAGGUGAAAACGAUCAUAAAUAUUAUAAAGCGAUUGUUCAGCAAACGUCUAAAAGCGUAGAAAACUUGAUUAAGUCUCCAGCUAGGAAACCUGUGUCUGCUAAUUCUACUAAUUCUGUAAAAAAAUAUGCUUUUGAUAAAGAAGUAAACUUACAUAAUCAAUCAGAACCGAAUCUUUCUAAUUAUCAAACUGAUUUGGCUAAUAAUCAUAUAAACGAUGAAAACCCCAUACAGCAUGACGACAGUAGUGAUGAUGCAGAAUCAUUGAAAAAUAUGCCCCUCGUAAUGGCGAUCUCUGAUGAAAACAUUCACGCUAAUGUGAAACAAACCAAGGGAGUCUUAAAAAAUGCAUCUUCAAUGUCUUCCUUAAACAAAAAGAAAGUAUUAUUCGACAUGGAUGCAAUACAAAUGAAAUCGGUAAGCGCAUCACCAUCACAAAGCAUCACUGAAAAAAGUGACUCCAAUGAAAAAUAUGAACUGGGACUGGUGAAUCUUGACGGCGAAGAGUGGGACAUAUCUAGCAUAGAAAACGAACCACUGAAGACUAGUACCAAAAUCCAAGUAAACACACGAACGAGUCCAAAAAUUGCCGAACUCAAACAGACUAUAGAAUCGCAGUUGGCACGCCGCAAUGAGACUCCAUCUACUGUUCUCGUCGGUGGAAUAGAUGUUUUGUCUGGGCAGAUCAGAAGAGCUUCCAGUGUAGGCGGCAGUAACACCAGUUUGGGCAGUUCUAUUCUUGACGAUUCCGAUAGUGUACCAGCAAUUAACCACAAAGCAUUUGUUAAACCGAAACAUGUUACACAAAAAGAUGAUAGCGAAUUAGAUAUUUCUGAAUUCAGUAUAGAUGGUUUAGGUAAUAAGAAUGAAGCAUUUUAA